AAUUUUCCUCAUAAUGUACUUUACAAAUGUUACUACACUAAAGAAUCGCUCUAGAUAUUUCACGCAAGACAUAAUGUCAUGGGCCCUGAAAGACUACAAAUAAACAGUAAUGGGCUGGGCCGAAAAGAACCCUAAUUAACAAACAUAGUCACCAUAUAUAUCAGUGUCGCCGCUAGAAACUGGCUCACGCUUUGCAAAGACCUAAUAAAACUUCCUCAAGCCGUUUAGGGUUUCAUCCUUUUGCUGAGAUCUAACCAUGGCGGAUGUUGAACCAGAGGUUGCUGCAGCUGGAGUCCCGAAGAAGAGGACGUUCAAGAAGUUUGCCUUCAAAGGAGUCGAUCUCGAUGCUCUUCUCGACAUGUCUACUGAUGAUCUCGUCAAGCUCUUCCCUUCUCGUAUUCGCAGAAGGUUCUCUAGAGGUUUGACCAGGAAGCCUAUGGCUCUCAUUAAGAAGCUGCGUAAGGCUAAAAGGGAGGCACCACAAGGUGAGAAGCCAGAGCCAGUGAGAACCCACUUGAGGAACAUGAUCAUUGUCCCAGAGAUGAUUGGAAGCAUCAUUGGAGUGUACAACGGAAAGACGUUUAACCAAGUUGAGAUCAAGCCUGAGAUGAUUGGUCACUACCUGGCUGAGUUCUCCAUCUCAUACAAGCCGGUUAAGCACGGUAGGCCUGGUGUUGGUGCUACCCACUCCUCCAGGUUCAUUCCUCUCAAGUGAAGAGCUUAUAUUACUGUUCGGGGAAUGUGUUCCAUAUUUAUAUGGUCCUUUGCUUUGAUUUUGUCUUUAUGUAUGCGGAUCCUUUUUUUUGCAUUUGUUUUUACUUUAUGAUGAAUGAAACUACUUUUAGACACUUUGUUAAAUCUAUUUUACUCAUGCA